CACAGGCCUGAGCCCACCCACACAAACUUUACAGUUUACACGCUACGCAAACGUACGCCCACACGCACGCUACCUCUCUCUCUCUCGACUCCCGAGCAGGCGACUCCUCCCUCCCCGGCGAUUCCGCCGCUCCGACCGCCGUCUCUCCGCGCCGCGCACGUGAGCCCCCCGUCGCCUUCCUCGCACGGACUCUGCCCCCGCCGGAAUCUCAUCUCCUACGCCUCAAACCCCCACCCCGCGACGCCGCCUAGCCGCGAUUUUCCUGCGGGGUACUCCACCGCCCCUGGAGGCUGGAGCCGUGCUCUCCGGAUCGGCGUUGGAUUGGUAGCGCUCGCGUCCUGCUCUGUCGGGCGGCGAUAUGAAGCCCCCUGCAUCCUCCGCCGCCGCUGCCGGCGACAAGGGCGGCGGGGUCGACCCGUCUCUGCCGCGGUUCAAGUGCCAGGAGUGCCAACGCGCGCUCGUCGUCGUCGGCGUCGAGUCCUUCACCGAUAAGCUCCCCGCUCAUGCCGUCUCCGGUAUGAACGUGUCCUCUGUUCAGGGCAGCGUUAUGGGUGCUAGCAGGAUGGACAACUCUUAUGUCGUGCUAUCGAAGCAAAAUAGAUCACAUAGCCAUGGAAUUCCCCCACGCCCGCCAAGCGCAGGGAUCCCGCGUGCCGAGCCGAACCAACCAACAAGAGCAAUGGAGGGAUCAUAUAUAGUGCUUCCACCUGCUGCCGCUUCCAUAUACAAGACAUCUGCCUCUGAAGGAGGUGGUGCGCAGUUGUCACCAACAAGUAUGAACCCCGGUAGCCCUUUACCAGGAAAUAAUUUUCACUCUAGCGUGACUGUAUUAAAACGGGCAUUUGAGAUUGCUACAUCACAAACACAGAUUGAACAGCCACUCUGUCUGGACUGUAUGAGGUUGCUGUCUGAUAAAAUGGAGAAGGAAAUUGAAGAUGUUAAUACUGACAAUAAAGCUUAUGAGGCCUGUCUUCAACGUCUGGAGCAGGAAACCUAUAACAUCCUCAGUGAAACUGACUUUCAGAAGGAGAGACAAAAGAUUGAGGAAGAAGAAAAGAAACUUAAAGCUGCAAUUGAGGAAGCUGAAAAGCAAUAUUCAGAAAUUUGUUCCGAGAUGAAGUGCCUUGAAACAAAAUCUAAACAGUUCGAAGAACUGGAAGAAAGGUAUUGCCAUGAUCUCAAUAGCUUUCAGUUUCAGUGGAUAUCUCACCAGGAAGAAAGAGAUGCGGUUUUGGCCAAGAUAGAAGUUUCGCAGGUUCAUCUAGAAUUGUUAAAGCGUACAAAUGUUCUCAAUGAUGCAUUCUAUAUUUCACAUGAUGGGGUGAUCGGAACAAUAAACAACUUUCGUCUUGGCCGCCUUCCUAAUGUACAGGUGGAGUGGGAUGAGAUAAAUGCUGCUUGGGGCCAGGCUGCUCUUCUGUUGCAUACCAUGGCUCAGUACUUCUUCCCAAAAUUUGAAUACCGGAUCAAAAUUCACCCUAUGGGAAGCUAUCCAAAAGUUACAGACAUCAACCAAAAUACAUAUGAACUGUUCGGUCCUGUGAAUUUAUUCUGGAGUACCCGAUUUGACAAAGCCAUGACAUGGUUUCUGACUUGCUUGCAAGAAUUUGCUGAUUUUGCUGUUAGUUUGGAUAAAGAGAACAAUGUACCACCUGACAAGUCAUUGAAGCUCCCAUAUAAGAUUGAAGGUGACAAAGUAGGGAGCUAUACAAUCUUCUUAAGUUUCAAUAAACUUGACAAUUGGACAAAAGCACUAAAAUACAUGCUGUGCAACUUGAAGUGGGUUCUCUACUGGUUUAUCGGCAAUACAAGUUUUGCCCCACCCUCUGGAUCUUUACACGUAGCACAGUCUUCCAAGGGAUGAAGUCACUGGCUUGUGAUGCUGAUUAUAAGCGCAUAUUGGCAAAUGGCAUUGACUAGGCUCGUUUGUAAUUUACAGUAGUACAUACAGCUAGUUUUUUUUUUCCUUUUGGCCGCCUUCAGUUGUACUUCCUCCGUUUCACAAUGUAAGUCAUCAUAGCAUUUCCCAUAUUUAUAAUGAUGUUAAUGAAUCUAUAUAGAUAUAUAUGUCUAGAUUUAUUAACGUCAAUAUGAAUAUAGGAAAUGCUAGAAUGACUUACAUUGUGAAACGGGGGGAGUAUAUAUGGUUGAAAUCUGCACAGGAGAAAUUGCAGAUGAUGGUGCAACUCAGCUUAUAGUCGGCUUGAUCAUUAUUCAUGUAAUUAUUUAGCCAUGUGUGACAGAAAAUGCGAGUGAUACGAGAUCCUAGAGCAAUUCAUGCAGCUCUGGUUAGGUGAGUUUGUGAUGGUGCAAUCAACAGCAUAUCCAAUCAACAUUAAGAUUUAUAAGAGAUGAAAUGUCUUCAGCAACA